CUUUUAGAAUGGGAAGUAAAGAUGAAUUCGACAAAAUGGAUCUAUGUUUUAUUAGCAGUAUUGAGACGAAUAUAUUUGACGAUAUUUUGGAUUCUUAUAAGCAACUUUGUUCUGAAAAAAGUAAUAGUUUGGUAGAAUCUGAGGCUGAAACUGAUUUAAGUAAUUCAGAAAAGAGUUUAUAUCCCUUAACUAAAGAACAAAGUUUCGCUAAUUGA